AUGGCGACACAAGUCGCACACCCUCUUGUGCAAGACCGUGUGGUCAAUGUUGCCCAGAGCGACUUGGUCCUGGAGCAAUGCACUCUGGACAAGGAGGCCAGCGACUCUCACGAGAGCUUGCUCGAAGCGAGCGGCUGGACGAUGAAGUUGCGGGACUUCGUGCAGCUGAGCUUCGGCCCAGGUCUCAAUUCAUUCCGCUCCAUGGUCUCUUCAUCUCGGCGCAUAAAUAUGCAGCCAGAUGUGGACAAUGUGGACCAAAGUCGCUUCCACACCCCAGAGCAGGACCCCCCUUGCAGCCCCUGCGUGGUCAGAAGAGCCCUUCGCUUUGGGGAUCCGAGUUUCAUCUCGCCUCCUUCUUCAUACUCACUUUCAGUGAGCUCACCAACCUCCCCGACAUCACCAGCAUCUACGCAGUCGUGCUCGCCACGGGCAACGAGUGCUCCUCCGGCGCGUAUGCCGGAACAAGCUGAAGAAGAUGAAGAUGAGGAUGAUGAAAGCGACAUGAGAUUUGUUCAGGCAGUCACCGAUCGCCGACACAGAAUAAAGCUGCGCUACAGUGUGGCUUGCGCGCGCAGUGUUGAUACUUUGCCAUCCCUGGAAGUCAUCAGGCCGCAGAAGUCCAGCUUGUGGCUCCGGAGGAGGCGAACAGUCAGUUCGGGAUCGGCGCACAGCGACAACGAAGACGUACCGGAGAAGCAAAUGGCUCUGGACAGGCCGCGGGCGUGUGAAUGCCUUUUCGAGAUGAUCUCGAAGCAGAAGCAGGAUGUUGAGAAAGCAAGCACGCCUUUGCAGACUGCGGUUUUGGCCAGCUACCUGGAGAUAUAUCAGGAGAAGAUGUAUGAUCUCCUGGUCAACACGAGGACAGAUCUGCAAGUCAGGCUACAUCCGGCGUUGGGCCCCCACGUUCCAGGCCUCAUCCAAAGCCCUGUUUCCACCAGCAAGGAGGUGCGGGAACUGCUGGAUUUUGGGGCAAAGAAUCGGGCUGUGGGUGCCACCAGCAUGAACGCAAACUCGUCCCGGUCACAUGCCGUGUUCACCUUGGACAUUCGUUUGAGCUACUCAGGGCCCCAAGCCCGAGAUCUCCAGUCGAGAAUCCACUUCGUGGACCUGGCUGGAAGUGAGAAGCAGAAGAAGACUCACGCGUCGGGGGAGCGACUCCAGGAAGGCAUUGCCAUCAACCAGUCGCUGUCCGCCCUCAGCCGGGUGAUUCAGGCGCUUGCGGGAACGGCGGGCAGUGGCGUACUGCCCGUCUUUCGUGAGUCAAAGCUUACGCUCUUGCUGAAGGCCAGGGUGAUCAGAGUGAUCAGAGGCGAUGGCGUCAUGCUCAAGUUUCAGGGUCGCUCUGCUUUUGCGCGACAGGACGCACUGAGUGGCAACAGCCGCACAGUCCUGCUGGCUUGCGUCAGCCCUGCGCGCGCGAAUUUCGAAGAGUCCAUCAGCACCCUCGAGUUUGCUGCCCGUUGCAAGUUGAUCAAGACGAACGCCAAGAAGAAUGAGCAGGACAAGCGUGAGUUGAUUGAGACGCUCUCCAAGGAAAAGCAAGAAGUUCAGGACAGGUUGGAGGCGGAGCGACAGCAGAAGCUCCUGCUUCAGCAAGAGCUGGAGAGGGAAGUGGAGGAAUCCAAACGAAACCAGGACCUGGCCCAGAAGAUGCAGGAGGAGAAGCAGCGCAUUGAAGAGCAGCUCAGGAGCUUGCAGAUUGCGGAGCAGCAGCUUCAGCUGGUGAGAAAGGAGCAAGAUGACAAGGAGAAGGCAGAGAGCUCUGAGUGGGAUCGCCUGCAGCGGCUGAAUGAGGAGAAGGAGGCACAGCUCCAGGAGCGAUUGCAGCAGAUCGAUGCCAGCCAUGCUGAGUCUGCGGAGAUGGAGCGUCAGCUGCGCGAACUCCGGGAGCUACAGGAGUCUGGGGCCGAGUUGGAGGCGAAUGAAAGUCGGCCCACCAGACAGAUCAGUACAUGUGCAACCAGGCGAGAAAACGCCGCCAGAGCUGAAGAACUGCGGAACAUGCAGGCUGAAGAGCUCUCACAAGCUGAGCGGGAACGUCAGGAGGUCGUGUCCGAGCUUCAGGAGGACGAGCGGCGCCGCAUCGAGGAUGCUCGGACUGCGGAGGUCGAGCUUCGCCAGCGCAUCGAAGAGGAGAUGCCGAAGCCUCAGCGCUGCUCUGAAGACUUGAAGCGAGAGCUUCAAGGCCUUCAGAGCCUCAGCGACAGCCGCUGGGCUUUGAAGAACGCUGACAUCGAGAAAACAGCUCAGGCAACCUCGGGAGAGCACAAAAUGUUCCGUGAGCGUCUUCUCAAAGAGCCGGCGCCUGAGUUCCCUCUGGUCUUCUGGCUCGGCAUCUCUGGAAUGGAGCAUGACAUGGAGGCACAUCGGGAGACGGUGGUGUUGGUGCGGAGCGAUGCCCAUAAAGUUCCACGCCUCGUGAACAUGAACCCUGACCCUUCCUUGGAGGUUUGUCUUACCGGCCUGGACGUUGCCGACCAGGUGGUCCCAUCACCAGACGGGCUCGUUCGCGUCAAUGGCGUCCAAGUGGUCCUGAGGCAGUUUCUAGAGCCCCAGAUAGACGGUCUCCUGCAAGGCCGUGCUCACAUCUUCCGCGUGGUGAUCCCUGCAAACAGCUCUGCAGAGUACGCCAUGUUAUCGACAGCUGAAGAGGAAGACUUCGAGACGGCAAUGAAGGAGCUACAGGCCAAUAGCCAGGUCGACCCGCGAUGGAGGCGCGGGGUGGACGAUGCCGUCAUGAUCGUCAAGAGGGACUACGGCACAAGGGAGGCCAAUCAGCUGCUGGAUGCGGCGAAGAAGGCAUCCGAAGCUUGGGGCCCCAGAGAUGUGUACAGGACAAGCGCAUGGUAG